AUGACAAAGAAUGAAAGCUUAUUAUUAUUAAUGGCGAAAAAAGUAGGAAAUGCAGUGAAAAAAAUGGCGGGAGAAGAGAAGAAGAAGAAGUGGAGCUGGUAUACUCCAUUAAUGGCGGCAGCUUCUGACGCUAUUUCUCGACGUAUUUCUUCCGUCGAUUUUGUCCUUGAUCUUCGUGAUGCUCGUAUACCAUUAUCAUCAGAAUGUGAGUUGCUUAAGAGAUUAUCUUCCUCUUCUUCUUCUCGUCGCAUUGUAGUAUUGAACAAGGUUGAUCUUGCAAGCCGAUCCUAUGUCAAGGAUUGGUUGCGGUAUUUUGAACGAGAAAAUUUUCCAGCAUUUGGCGUGAAUUCACAUAAUAAAGACAAUAUUCAAGAGUUUCUAAACUUCUUGCAAGGCCAAGUCAGAGCUUUGAGGAAAUCAGAGCCGGAAAGGCAUACGAUUACGAUGAUGCUGGUCGGAAUUCCUAAUGUUGGGAAGUCAGCACUUGCAAAUUCUUUGCAUCAAAUUGGCCGUAUUAGUGCAGCAGAGAAAGGAAAGCUAAAGCAUGCAGUAGUGAGCCCAUUACCUGGAGAGACGAAAGGAAUAUGCAGCUUGAAGGUAGCAAGCCAUCCUAACAUUUAUGUCUUAGAUACCCCGGGAAUUCUACCCCCACAGAUAAUUGAUGCUGAUGUCUGCGCCAAGUUAGCUUUAACUGGAGCUUUUAACGACAGUUUAGCAGGAGAGAAAGCACUAGCAGAAUUUUUGCUUGCGGUCUUGAAUUUGAGCUACGAGUAUCAGAAAUGGGAGAAACUAUCUACUGAUGCACCUCCACCUUCAAGAACAGAUGAUAAUGUGGCACUACAUCAUGGUAGCUUCGAAAACAGGAAUUCGAAAGGAGUCUCCACUGAUCAUACUAAGGAUUGUGUAGUACUCUCUGUUCGCAAAAGUCUAUUCGAAGUUGCAUCAUCCUUUAGAGGUAAUUUACAAGACGAAGACGAAUUGUUGAGGCUUAUACAAGCAGAGUUCGUAGUUUUGAGAGAGGCUUUCAAUCUUCCAACAAAACCAGAAGAGGAGACUGAUCACAAAGUUGCUGUAAAACUACUGAAUCUUUUUCGAACCGGGAGACUUGGGCAUCAUACAUUAGACUCCAUACCUAUAAACCUUGAAAAUGACCUACCAUAGUUUGGUGAAAACCAUGGCUUUAUAUGCAGAAGAUUAGAAAGAACUGUGACCAGAGUUUGGUCUGCCUUGGGUUUAUUAUAUCGUUUAGACAACAAAUCAUUUUCUUAUUCCCUCCGUCCCAUAAUAUAGUGUUUACUUCUCAUUUUUCACGAGAAUUAAAGAAAAUGGAAGGAGUAAGUGUGCUUUCUUGGUACCUAUGUCUUGGAACUGACUCUUUACUUUCCUUUAAAUUAAAAAAAAAAAAAGUAAAUGUCCAUUCGAAUGGUGUAAAACAAUAUUGCAAUCCCAACGA